AUGGUGCGAUCGAGCGCUCAAUACGGUUAUGACUCACUAGAAGUGGAGGAAUCACACGGAUAUGAAGAAACCAGAGAUUGCAAACGGGCGGAAUGGCCCUCGAUCGACAGUGUCGCCUUCAUGAAACCAUAUAUCGUCGGCGCGGUCAAUGUCGUCCUCGUGCUCGGGGCCCUCAAUAUGAUCGCCGUGAUCAGUAUUCUCAUCACGCUUCUAGUCAAAUUUAACAACACGGCCAACUCAUCCGACUUUGCACUUUACAAAAACACCAAGUUCAAGCAGUGCGCAUCCGUGGUGCCUGAGGCGAGCAACUGCAGCGCCAUAGCGGCCGCGUGGAAAGAGAGUGAUCUCUACUCCACGUAUGCCGACUUAGGGCGGUACUACGUCCUCGAAACGGGAGUCACCGCACCUAAUAAAUACUCUUAUGAUUGGUGUCAGAUAGUCAGCUGCUUCAACGGCUACAAGGUCAUUCCCUCGUCGGCGACUGAUUCGGCCAUGGGGCCGACCGCGUUGUACGGUUGGUGGGCCAUCACCCUUACCUCGGUCAGUGCAGUGUGGAGCUUGAGGAAGGUCGCGCCAUAUUUCAAUCAGGAGGUGGAGGAGUGUCGCGGAAUCCGGGACAUCAGCGUGAUUGACUGGGCCUUCCUGAUCUGGGAUAUAGUCGGGCCAAUGGUCACCUGGUGGAUCUCCUUCGCCUUCUCGUUCAUCUACCCGACGCCGAAAGCCACUUACUCUUUACUUGCUUGGACAGUGACCUGGCGAUACUCCAGCCAAAUCCAAUUCCACCCCUACUCGUGUAUCUUGUCUCGUGUGCCCCGCAUCCGCCGCCUUCUACCCUGGAUCGUUGGCUUAGUGGCCGUUCUGCAGUGGGGAGCCACCAUCUAUUCGGUGCAUCGGCAGGUAAGCGGAGGCACGCGAGGCAUGCAGACAAUCUAUAACAGCUACACAUGCCUGGGAAAACAGAUACCCAGUGCCCCAGGCACGUCCACCUGCUCAGCUGCAGAGCUCUGCCAAAAAUCCUGGCUGUUUAGCGAACCUCAUUUCUACAUGCCGGGAGAUGACGCGGCGGGAUUCCCCGCCGGGAGGGCCUACGAAAAAUGGUCGCCGAUACUUAUUCUCGCCGUGGUCGGGGGUGGCACAAUAGCCGUGUUCGGCCUCUUGUACCCGAUUUCCUUGGGCACAAACUGGAACCAGAGACAUGCGGACUCUUGGGUGGCAUUUGACACGGAGUGUCGGGCUGUUCAUGUUGCGUUAAGCCCGUGGAGAUUCUACUUGGAUGUCGACAAAUAUGCGAGGGCACUGCGCAUUGCUCGACUGUGGUUUGGUGUGUGA